AUGACAUCUCAACUACCUCCUAGCUUGCUGAGGCUGUUUGCCCCUCGGCCUGCUCUUCCUUAUAUGCCUGCAUUGGCUGAUCCAAAAACUAAAACUGCUCCCAUCUAUACCAGUGUCAGUUCGUUCCUGCCGCUAUGUCGAAUGGGCCAUGAUCCUGACUAUAUUGCUACCGAGACUAUGGAAGACAGAAAGAAACGGCUGGCGGCAGAAAAGGCUGCAAAAACUGCUGCUGCCCUCCAGGAAGCCAUCGAUGCGUGGGAUCCUCACAAGGAUGAAAAUGCCACUGCUGAACCAUACAAGACUUUGUUUGUUUCUCGCUUAUCGUUUGAUACUACAGAAAAAACACUCAAGCAUGAGUUUGAAGCUUUUGGCGAAGUCAAAUCAGUUAGCAUUGUUAAAGAUCUUAAAACAGGCAAACCACGAGGAUAUGCAUUUAUUGAAUUUGAGCAUGAACGAGACAUGAAGAUUGCAUAUAAAGAUGCAGAAGGUCUUAAAAUUGAUGGACGACGUAUCUUGGUAGAUGUUGAGCGUGGGCGAACUGUGCCCGGAUGGAAGCCUCGGAGACUUGGAGGUGGAUUGGGUGGGACACGAAAUGGGCUUCGUCCUGCAACUACAACUACUGCCGAGUCUGCAGCAGGACCACCAUCCCGUAAUGAUUAUUCUUCUUCUGGUAAUGGUGACUUCAAGGACAGAGAUCGUGAUAGAGGCAGUUAUCGCCAACGGGACUCUCGUGACACUGGUCGAAAUGACGAUUCACGUAAUGGGGGCCGUUACGACGACUAUCGAGGUGGAAGUCGCUAUGAUGAUCGUCGUGGAUCUCGUACUAAUGGGCCUUCAGACCGUUACAGAGACAAAGAUCGCGACCGUGACAGAAGCGACAGCUACCGAGGCGAUAGAGACCGCAGUGACAGAGAUCGCGAUAGGCGCAGGUCUCGGAGUCCUCGUCGCAGAGAUGAAGGCCGGGAGAGCAGUCGCAGAUACUAA